UGCGCUGCGCGCAUGCAAUAGCGCAUGGCAAGCGCAAGCAGCCUGUGCGUCGAGCGCAUGCGCGUUUACCUGGAAAUCAGUAGCGCGUCUGGUAGCGCACGUGUUCCCGUUGUCAGUGGGUAUCAUCGGCCAUUUCCGUGCGCUACGCCGUGUUUGUCUACACAAGUUUGCAUGUGUUUGUGGUUGAUGAGAGUUGUCAGAGUUCAGUUGAUUGAUACUGUGACUGUGCAUAGUGUAUAACAUAAUGUCAGAUAGCCAGGAAAGCACAUUGCAGUUCAUAGAAGACUACCGUAAACAUGAACUCCUGUGGAACACUAGCUUAAAAGAAUACAAAAACAAACAACUUCGAAGGGAUGCCAUCAUUGAACUAGGACGAAAGUAUGGACUAAAUGAAAAAGCUGUGAAAAAUAAGAUCAAAAGCUUACGUUGUUAUUUUAGCAAGGAGCAUGAUAAAGUCUGUAGUGCAAAAAGUGGCAUGUCAGCGAAUGCAAAGGAAGUGCCGUCAUGGUUCGCAUACAAAUCACUGUUGUUUUUGAAAGACACGGCCGUACCAUUUCAGACUGUGGACAGCAUUGAUGACAGCACCAACAAUGAUGACAACAAUGAGAUGAAUGUUCCUGAAGUAAACCAAGACACGCAUGCAGAGGACGAUGUGCUUCAUACUUCUCAUCUCGAAUCUCCGAUAGAGGGAACGUGUGCAGUUGUCAACACUACGAGUUCCAGAAUUAACAAACGAAAGAGUUGGGUGACCAGAGAGGAAGAAGCAUUCAAGAUCAUGAAAAGUAUGAUGGAGGGGGGUGUUCCACGGCCGCGUGGGAGGCUGCUGCACUUCAGUGACGGCACGCUCGAGGAUCACAGCUCAGACGAGGAGCACAGCACAGACGAGGAGCGUCCCAACGAAGUCCCAGUGGACCCUAAAACACUGACUUGGAGACCAUGGAUGUGGUACUAUGUAUCAACAGCAGGCUGUAAAACCUUGCAAGUGUGCGACUACUUGGGGGAAUCACUAGCUCACUUUUUUGGUAUAACGUCGCCAAAAUAUCAGUAUGAAAUCGAAGAAUAUUACAGAGCCAAAGCUGAGGAGGAAGAAUACAAGAAGAAGCAAGACUUGGAGAUGAGGGGAUGGUUGGAGAAGCCGACUGGUGUCAAGGUAGAGGAGCCUCUGAGUGUGUCAAGAGUGGAGCAAGCUGACGGGAACAGAGCAGAGAACAUAGGAGAGCUGACAACAUUGUUAUGAUGAACAACUUUACUGUUUCGUACAGUCUGUUAGAAUGUGAUUUGAAUGGUUGAAACUAAUUUUAAAUUGUGACCAAAAUGUAUAUCUAUCUUCCAACAACAUAUAUAUUUUUAAUAUAAUUAGUGUUAGUACAGGAGAAGUCUGACAUACCACAAUUUGAAUAUGAAUUAUUUGCAUAUUUAUUACUGCAUUAAAGGAGGAAUUUUAAUAUGCCCAAGAAAAUGUACCAUGAUGCUUGGUCAGUGAAAAAAGGCUUUCAGCAAUUGAAGCAGCAACCACGGGAAUAUGUCUCUUCUUCCAGUAAAGUCAUUUGAUUGGAGCAAGGCUGUCGAGACAAAUUUAGGGCCCGGGGCCAAAUUAUUUUGUCGGGCCCCCUCCCUAUUACUUAAUACCCAACUCUUCAAACCCCUCACUAUUAAAAAAAAUGUAAAGGCUUAUUACCUUUAAGAGAUUGUAAUGUUGUAUAAAUAAGAAAGUGAUUUUUAACAGUAUUUUAAGUUUUUAAAGUUUUCUUUCAAUUAUUUUCAUCCCUUUAUAGUUUUUUUUAAAAAAUAUGAGUUUUUUUACACUUAACAAUUUACAUAAUACUCAACAACUUAAAAUAUAGCAUACUUAAUACCAAACUACUUAAAAAUCAAUAGUAAUUUAAAAUUAGUUUUUCAUGUUUUCAUAUCAGUCAACUUUUCAAAAAUAGAAUAAAAAUUCAACGUCAGUGCAAGUCUUGAUUCAAUGCAUAAUGGUCCUAGAUCAGUAAGUAAGUCUUUGUGGACCUAUUUUUGACCUCGGGCAAUUCUUUAUUCUGCUGAGCACACUCAAAACACCUUUCUGCUCAAACAACAGAAACAGGAAAAACAGGAAAAUAUUUCUAACUCCGAACAAAAUUAGAAUCCAUGUAUGUUUAAUAUGUCACAUUACAAAUAUGUUUUAAGCUACCUUAUUAUUAUUAUUAUUGUUAUUGUUAUUAUCUAUAUGUGCACCACUGUUUCUUUCAUGAGAUUUCAGAUCUUGGAACUUACAGGUCAUUUAAUUAAUAUUCCAAGCAAACUGAAGGCAACUGGAUCGAAAAAAGUACACACUUAUAUAUAGCAUGAAUCUGCUUCACCAACUGUAUAUGUGCAUUGUGCCCACUGUAACAUGCUAAAACUGAAUGAACACUAUAUAAAAAUCAAGAAGCGUACAUAAAACUGAGUUACUGGCUGCAACAGAAGCUGUCCUGUUCAUUAUCAAGCUGUCGUGGCUGGCAGAUUUUUCAUUGUCUUAUCAGAUUUUUAACAUUCCGCCGCCAACCGAUAACCAAGCCUCCUCCUCACCUAAGAUGAAACAAAAUAUCUCAUACAUAUACUUUUUGUCUCUUCUCAUAGUCUGUUAUCAUACCUAAAUUUCUUCCAGGAAAACUUGCUUGUACAAAGUUACGGUGGCCAUGACUGUAAACAUGAUAUGAGCAUAUUACAUAACUGGAGGUUUAUAUACUUUUAACUUUCAUCCUGCUAUCAGGGUAAAUCCACACAUUAAAAAGUCUUAAAUGUAAUCGGGGCCCCUCUUGCCCAGGCCCCGGAGAAUUCCCCCCCCCCCCCCCCAACCUAUUUUAUGACCUUGGAUUGGAGGAGUGUCACAUUUACUGUGAUUGAUACAACAAAUGUUAACAGUAGGACCUUUAAUUUUGUUUCUGUGGAGCAGUAACACACACCAUAAAACAUAUUUAGUUGGUGAUACACUGGAAGAAGAAAUGCUUACCCUAGAGAUUUGAUGGUGUAGUUAUAGUGAUGCAGGGUGGGAAAUAGUAGCAAAAACUUCCAGUUGAUGAGUAGAUGAUUGUAAAAUGGUGUAAAGAAUCAAAGUUUCUUGCAGCAAAGUCAGACUGACAAGUAAGUAUACUUCUUUCAUUUUGGUUUAAUAAAGUUAAUUGAUGAUCUUAAGCUAAGCAUUACCUGUCACAGAUACAUACCACUUUAUUGAAAGCUUGAAUUUAUUUUAAAUUGUUUUGUUUGUGAGCUUACUGCAUAAACUGCACUGUACUGAAGUCUGCUGUUUCACAAGACAAUUACAGCCAUGUAAAAAGAGUCAAUUAUCGUAAACAUAAUUAUUUAAUUUUUAAAGUAAUUUAUGUGCUAAAGAUAUAAAUAAUUUAAUAAUAGAAAUAAGUUCUUCAAAUAGUUUUUGUUUAUAAUUAUUGCUUCAAUUAUUAUUUAGUUAAAAUGUUAAUUUUAUGCAUAUUGUUUUAUCUGUUUGGAACACAAACUUAUGCAUUUAGGUUUUCUACUUAAAUAUUCUCUCAUCCCCUAUUUAAUCUCUCUUCAUCACAAGACAUUUUCUUCAACAUUCUCACUUCAACCAUGUUAUUAUAGUCUUUACAUUAUGUUUUGUAUAAUUCUGCUCUCUGUAAUAGUGUCCUGUGGUGCUAUUCUGCAAUAUUUUCAGUGUUAAAUUAGUUUUUUUUUUUUUUUUUUAACUCUGUUAAAACAUGUAAUAUUGUGAACUGGCCUAGUGCUAAAUUUUGCUAUAAAUAUAUUUAUCAAUAAAUGUGAAUGCUCAUAAGGGUAUUCAAGA